AAUGCGCAUGUGCAAAUCGUAUUUGUAAAAGCUGCGCCAGAGCUAGGUGGUGUUGUGAGAUUUGACUCUUUUUUUCGGGGUUUUGUUUUAUGAAUACCUUUCCAAAUGGAUUUAGACGGUGGUAACUACGAGCCAGGAUUUGUUGGGAUACGGUUUUGUCAAGAAUGUAAUAACAUGUUAUAUCCUAAAGAAGACAAGGAGAACCGCAUCCUGCUGUAUGCAUGCAGGAACUGUGACUACCAACAAGAGGCAGACAACAGCUGCAUUUAUGUUAACAAGAUUACUCAUGAGGUUGAUGAACUGACGCAAAUUAUUGCUGAUGUAGCCCAGGAUCCAACUCUACCUAGAACAGAGGACCACCCUUGUCCAAAAUGUGGUCACAAGGAGGCAGUGUUCUUCCAGUCUCACAGUAUGAAGGCUGAGGAUGCUAUGCGGCUGUACUACGUCUGCACGGCGCCUCAUUGUGGACAUCGAUGGACCGAAUAAAAUUUUCUGAUUAGGAUGUGAUCUCAAUCCUACCAUGUUAAUCAGAUCCUCUAAUAUGAAAACAGAAUGAAUUUUGUAAAAUACUAGCACUGCUACACGGUGGCUUGUGUCUUUAAAACUUUUGUGAAUACAACGUGUUUAUCAGUUGUCAUUUUUAGAGUUGUAUUGUUGGAUUAAAACAGUUUUUUUUAUG